UCCCAGUAUCCCACCAUUCUCUGCUCCGCCUCUGCUCCUCGUGUUCACAAUCCCAGCUCGCAUUAAACCGCGCGCGCGCGCCCCACAUCACCCACCUCCCAUGACCCGGACCCCCGCCUCCUCCCUCCACCACCGAUGGCCGCCGCUGCCCUCCGCUUGCUGCCGCUCCUCCUGCUGCUGACGCUCACGGCGCCGCCCGCCGCCGCCGCGGCUUCCUUGGAGACGGCGGCGGCGGCCAAGAACGUGAGCAUCGACUCCGCGACGCUGUCCUUCGCGGACCUCACGCUGCUCGGGGACUCCUUCCUCCGCAACGGCUCCGUCGGGCUCACGCGCGAGACCGGCGUGCCGUCCUCCAGCGCCGGCUCCGUCCUCUGCACCCAGCCCGUCGCGUUCCGGGGCCCCAACGGCACCGUCGUCGCGUCGUUCGCGGCCAAAUUCUCCUUUGUCAUCGCCAACCCCAACGCGGGCGCCGCGGGCGGCGACGGCAUCGCCUUCUUCGUCUCCGCCGGCCGCGCCACGCUCGGCGCCACCGGCGGCUACCUCGGCCUCUUCAACUCCUCCGGCGGCCCCGCCAAGAACGGGUCCAUCAUCGUCGCCGUCGAGUUCGACACCAUGGCCAACCCGGAGUUCGCGGACCCCAGUGACAACCACGUCGGGCUGGACCUCGGGUCGCCGGUGUCCGUCGCCGCGGCCGACCUCGCGGCCUCCGGGAUCGACCUUAAGAGCGGGAACCUCACCACGGCGUGGGUCGACUACCGCAGCGCGGACCGCCGCCUGGAGGUGUUUCUCAGCUACGCCCCAGCCGCAAAGCCCAAGCGGCCGGUUCUCACCGUCGCAGUCGACCUCUCGCUGUACCUCAAGGGGCCCAUGUACGUCGGCUUCUCGGCGUCCACGGAGGGAAGCACCCAGCAGCACACCAUCAAGGAGUGGAGCUUCCAGACGUUCGGUCUCCCUCCCACGGCCAACGCCUCCUCCUUCGAAUCAAACGCCACCAGCAACUCAUCGGAGCAGGCCGUGCCAGUCUCCACCGCCCCCCACAAGAGGGUGGGGCUCGCGCUCGGCAUCCUCGGCCCCGUCGCGCUCGCCGUCGCCUUCGUGUUCUUCGCUUGGGUGUCCAUCAAGAAGCUCAUCGAGCUCACCGCCAGGAACGACGGCGCCUUCUCGCCGGAGCUGCUCAAGGGACCGAGGAAGUUCAGCUACAAGGAGCUGAGCGUGGCCACCAGAGGGUUCCACGCGAGCCGGAUCGUCGGCAAGGGCGCGUUCGGGACGGUGUACAAGGCCGCCAUGCCGGGCACGGCCACGACCACCUACGCCGUGAAGCGGUCGACGCAGGCGCACCAGAGCCGGAGCGAGUUUGUCGCCGAGCUCUCCGUCAUCGCCUGCCUCCGCCACAAGAACCUCGUCCAGCUCGAGGGCUGGUGCGACGAGAAGGGCGAGCUGCUGCUCGUGUACGAGUACAUGCCCAACGGCAGCCUCGACAAGGCGCUCUACGGCGAGCCGUGCACGCUGUCGUGGCCGCAACGGUACACGGUCGCCGCCGGCAUCGCGUCCGUGCUGUCGUACCUCCACCAGGAGUGCGAGCAGCGCGUGAUCCACCGCGACAUCAAGACCAGCAACAUCCUGCUCGACAGCAACCUGAGCCCGCGCCUCGGCGACUUCGGGCUCGCCAGGCUCAUGGACCACAACAAGAGCCCCGUGUCCACGCUCACCGCAGGGACCAUGGGCUACCUCGCGCCGGAGUACCUGCAGUCUGGCAAGGCCACGGAGCAGACCGACGUGUUCAGCUACGGCGUGGUGGUCCUCGAGGUGUGCUGCGGGAGGCGGCCCAUCGACAAGGACGAGAGCGGCGGCGGCAAGAACGUGAACCUGGUGGACUGGGUAUGGAGCCUCCACGGCGAGGACAAGCUCAUCCAGGCCGCUGAUGCUCGGCUGGCUGGCGAGUUCGACCGGGACGAGAUGCUGCGGCUGCUGCUCGUGGGGCUGAGCUGCGCGAACCCCAACUGCGAGGAGCGGCCCGCGAUGCGACGCGUGGUGCAGAUCCUGAAUCGGGAGGCCGAGCCCGUGCCUGUGGCGCGCAAGAAGCCGCUGCUGGUGUUCAGCUCCAGCGCGUCCAUGAAGCUGCAGGAGAUCGCCUUCUCCUGCGGUGAUGACGUUCGAGGCGGCUACUCCGUCGCCAAUCCGACGUCCCCAAAGUCGGAGGGAGCCGACAUUGAACGCUGACACGAAGCAGAUGAUACGAAUUAUACUACAUUACUACUACAGAUUUGUUGGUUUGGUUUGUUCCUAAGGGGAAUAUAGGUAAUAAUCCCCCACUGCCGCAUAGGUCAUCUACCAAUGUCGGAGGGAGCUGACAUUGCUGAUGGCCGAUAACAAAGAUCAGUGUACUGAUAGUGAAUUACUACCGGAGUGAUUCCUAUAUGUAUUUGUGGUGUGUUUAUGAGGGGGAAUAUAGGUAAUAAUCCCCCUGUUGUAUGAGUGCUUUGUUACUGAAUAAUCGAGUCAUCUACCACCAAAGUGGGUUUCUGCA